GGGGAGCGAGCAGCUGACAGCAACAUGGCGGCGGCGGAGGCGGCCGGGCGGCGUGGCGGGGCGCUGGGGCGGCCCCCGGCGCCUGUGCCCGUGCCGGUGGGGGAUCUGCUGCCCGCCGGCGAGCUGGUGCGGCCCUCGGUGACAGAGCUGUCCCAAGUGAGGACCAACAUCCUGUGCACCGUGCCCGGCUGCGGCAAGGUCCUGCCCAACAGCCCGGCCCUCAACAUGCACCUCAGCAAGGCCCACCCGGUCCAGGAUGGAAAACUUAAUGCACCAGUAAGGAAGGGUUUGAAAACAUCUCAGAAAUUCUACUGCUGUCCUAUUGAAGGCUGCCCUAGAGGACCAAACAGACCAUUUUCCCAAUUUUCUCUUGUCAAACAGCACUUUAUGAAAAUGCAUGCUGAAAAGAAGCACAAAUGUGAUAAAUGUAGUAACUCCUAUGGUACAGAGUGGUAUUUGAAACGGCACAUAGAGGUCUGUGGCAAGACUUUCCAGUGUACUUGUGGGUGCCCUUAUGCCAGCAGAACAGCAUUAUUGUCUCAUAUUUACAGAACUGGCCAUGAAAUUCCUGCAGAACACAGGGAUCCUCCUAGUAAGAAAAGGAAAAUGGAAACUUCUAUACAUAAUCAGCAGUUGGCAGAGAAAGCGAAUGAAGCAUUCAUCAACACACACAAUAAUAAUCCUGGCACUCAGGAAUUGGAGUCCUCUGAAGUGAAACUAGCAGCCUCUCUUGAAGGCUCCUGCAGUUCUAACCUCACGAACCAAAUGCAGCCAAAAUGUACGCCGAAGAUGCUCUUACCAAAGCCCAAGCUGGCUUUGGUUAAACUUCCAGUGAUGCAGCUUGCUCACUUGCCUAUAUAUAUAUCUGCAACAGACUCUUCUGUCAAACCUGCUGUAGUGGCUGUUGAUAAUCAAGGUUCACUUGUAAGUACUGUUCAUUUAUUGCCUCAAUCAAUAGGAAUUCUGAUUCCUGCACUGGAGGCAGAAACAGUUGUAUUUAAAGACAGUUUGCCUGUUUCAAAAGUGACAAAUUCUGGUGAUCAUGAACCCGUAAGUACCGGUGUACAAGUUGAGUUGGAUAAGGUUACAUUGAGUAACACAGGGCAAGAGAUGGGGAAUGUUUGUCACAAGAACAAAAUUUCUUCAAUAAAUAUACAGACUGACUUAUCUUAUAUUUCACAGAACUUUGUACCAGCUGCAACCUGGACUCCCAAUUCUUCUGUAUCCUCUUGCUCUCAGACAGAUCUGUCAUUCAGUUCACAGGUUUCGCUGCCAAUCAGUGUACAAACACAGACGCUGCUGCCUGCUUCCAAACUGACUUCAUCCAUAGCUGCUCAGACUGAUGCUUUUAGUCAGGUUUGUUUUCCAACCUGUGGCAUAUCUAGAGAGACUCAAACCAGUAGGACACAGGACUCUAUUGAUGGAAGGGUGCAGAUGGACCAGGCUGUGAUGUGCAGUGACAUCUUCGACAAUGUUGAUUCAUCAUAUAGUGUUUCUACUCACAUUGAACUUACAGAAAACAACUUAAUGCCUGCAAAUAUAGAUCAAGCCUUGCUGCAAAGAAGUAAUUGCAAGAGCCUGAAUCAAGAUACGGUGAAGUCUGAAUCCCUUAUCAACUUCAGUACACAGCCUAAUAUACUUCCAACUCAAAAUACGAUGGAUAAUCAAACCCAGACAAUGGACUUGCUAAGCGAUUUGGAAAAUAUCUUUUCAGGAAACAUGCCUGGACAGACACUGGAUAAUCGUGGCCUUUUGUCUGAGACAAGUUCUAAUGCUGACACGCAUCUGCCAUCUGGUUCAUCACAGAGCACAGGAAUAGACUUUGACAUUGAAGAGUUCUUUUCAGCAUCCAAUAUUCAAACUCAGACUGAAGAGAGUGAGCUUGGUACCCUGAACCCUGAGCCAGUUUUGGAGUCACUGGACAUUGAAACUCAGACUGAUUUCUUAUUUUCAGAUAGUGCGACUCAAUCAUAUAGCUGCCGAGGAAAUUCUAACUUCUUAGGUUUGGAGAUGUUUGAUACACAGACACAGACAGACUUGAAUUUUUUCUUGGACAGUAAUACCCAUCUGCCUUUAGGGAGUAUUCUGAAGCAGUCUAGUUUCUCCAUGAGUACUGAUUCAUCUGAUACAGAAACCCAGACGGAAGUAUACCCAGCUACUAAAAAUACUCCUACUCAGAAUAUUGAAAGCAAAGUCCAGCUCAGUAGUGCUGAAACACAGACUAUGGAUAGCUGCUUUGAGAAUCUAGGGAGUUUAUUCCUUACCAGCAAUGAGACACAGACAGCAAUGGAUGACUUUCUUCUGGCUGACCUAGCCUGGAACACAAUGGAGUCUCAGUUCAGUUCAGUAGAAACACAGACCUGUGAAGAGCUGUGCUCCUUGUUUCAGAGCUCUGACAAGCCCAGCCACUGAGUACUAUGUAAUAUAACCAUUUCCUGUGGUUUGAAAUUAAGUUAUUGGGGUGGGAGAAGUGGCUUGACCAAGUCAUCCACUUCGCGUUAUUGAAUGUAGUUGUCAUGAGCAGUUGACCUAAGAGACUUCUCAUGCUGAAGGUACUCUAUCAGAUAUGUAUAACUUGACAUAAACUGUGUGUAUGAAUGGAGGGAAAAGGAAGGCUGUAACAUGCUAAUGUACAUUUGAACCUUAAAAAAGAAUUCAUGGUGCCUAUGUUUUUUCCUGAAACUUCUUUAUGAAGGUGAUACUGCUUUCAUUUAAACAGAACAACUUUUGAAGUUGUUCUGUAUAUGUAUGUAUCUCUAUCUCCUUCUGGCUUACAUAUAAGGUUCCAAUGUGCUGGACCAAAACCCUGACCUGUCCAAUUCAGAUGCUUCCCUAAACUUAUGGGGGAGGAUUCUAUUAGUGUAAGCUACUUCUGUUUACUUUUUUUAGUAGCUCGUAUUUUAAAUCCGGCAUGAACAUAAUAAGCCGUAUUGUCGUCUUUUACUUUUUGCCUUCACAGCUCGUUCUCCUGCAUAAAUUGGUAUUUUCCAAACACUAGACAUAUAGAGAUGCCUGAAUUGCUGAAUAUAUUUAUUAUGAAACAUGUAGAAAGUAGUAAUUUUUUUAUAUUUUUCCCUGAGUGGCACAGAUGUCCUUUGAAAGAUAGAAAAAGAACUUUGAAUACACAAUUGUAGGAGAAGUUAGUAUGUUGUCCUUUUAGCUAGUGUAGUAAGUGGGACUAACAUUUCUAGAGUCUUCAGGAGGGAUUUGUUUAAAUUAUUUCUGUCUCUAAGAUGCAAAUGUUACAAUGUGUGUGCCUCAAAGACUGGAAUAACUUGUUUUUGUUGAAAUUCUCCUAGCUUUAUGAAGAUACAAGUUGGGAAAUGUUAAAGUGGUUUAUACCUCUAUUACCUUAACAGAAAUCUUUACAAAUGGGAAAUUAAAUUCUCUAAAAUACUUUAAACUACUGGUUUUGGGCUUCCCACUUCCAAAACCAACUGGAAUCUGUACAGCAGAGCUGGGAGAUCGGCUCACAGAAGCCUUUUCAGAAGAGCUGUAUCUUGCUUUUGCAAUCCAUCUGCAGCCCUCGGUUCCUGCAGCUUAUAGAGAGUUUUUCUGAUGUAGUCAAAUUCAAACAAAUUGAUUUUUUUUAUUUUUUUCUUUCUUCCAGAGAAGAAACGUGUGACCUCCUGGAUUUUGGUUUUUUUUAAUGUUCAUCUUGCCCUUCAUAUCAUUGUUUGCAAUACUUUUUAUUUGCUUGAAAAAAAAAUGAAGCUGUGAAUGUAUGGUGGAAUUCGGCCUUAACUAAUUUUUAUAUCUGAUUAUAAUGCCUACAAAAUGCAGGCCUCUAGUUUUGUCCUGGACAGGUUUUAGUAUCUGUUAUCUUAAGUGAAAAGAGAAACCUCUUCAUGUCAAGUUCCUGGGCCUGUAACAGACUUUUCUCCUCCAUUGUGAGAGGAGCAGUGUUGGUUGUGUAUUUACUGGGCAGCCCAUCAGUAAAUGUAUGCCCAAGCCUUAGUUUUUGAAGGCUCAGUCUGCUUUGUGCUUCAUAUCCUCAGCUCAGGGGUGUGGGAGUUAAGUUACUCAUCCACUGCAGCUAGCUUGUUUUGUUGGAAAUGAGCAAUACCUUUCUUUUUGUUCCUAACACCCCUUGAAUUGCCAUGGUUCGCACACUAAUACGGUAAGCAUUUACUUCUACUGGUAGUAAUCUCUUUAGAUUAACCCUGAAGCUCAUGUUUUCCUCCUGAAAAACUGAAAACACAGUUGUGUUGCCUCUUUAAUUUUUCAGCAUUUCUGGUGCGAGUGCAGAGACUUCCAGUCUUUGGCUGAAGAAACUGCAAAAAGGAAUCUUGCAGUUCCCCCCAGGAGUACAGUAAUUCUGCUUUGAGGAAAGGCUCCCCAGGUUUCACAGUGCCUAGAGUUCUCAUCUUAAAGGUGGGAUAUAUUAAAAACAGGAAGGCAUUGCUUGUUGCUGUGUCUUCUGAAAAUACGACUGAUUCAUAUUUACUUGCCUGCUUUGAAAUUGGGAAAUAAGAUAACAAAAUUAGGUUAAUUUAUUCUGUUGCAGUAUUUUUCUAGUAAUGUUGCAUCUUCACAUUUUAAGUGGGUUUCCUUCUCCUUUCUCCCCCCCGGCUGGAAUACCAGAGAAUGUUUCUUCAUACAUAGGCUUCUGUUCCCCAUGCACAAGUUGUACUGACGCAUGGAAGAGAAGCAGCUACUAUAAAUCUGGUUGGAGAAAACAGCUUUUUUCACAGCUGUAGAAGGCAGAAGGCCCAUGACCUCUGAAUUUAGAAAGCCAGUCUUUUUUUCUGUGGGAGAGGGAGUCUUAGGUGAUGAGGAGCAGAAUGGCAGAAGGCUUUGAACUGAGCUACCUGAGAGACCAGCUAGCAUUUAAAGAACUUUGAAACUAAUUUACAAAUCAGAAUGAGAAUUGCCACGUUCUUGCAGUGGAAGCCAAAGCUCUUAGCCGUAGUGACUAUCAGAAAUAAAGCUAAGUUUGUGUGGAUGCAGUCUUGCAAUGUAAUCUCUACUCAUUUGUUGUACUUUGUAAUUAAAUGUAUUGAUAAGCUUUGUGUAUUUUAUUGGAACAUGCAAAUACCAUUCCCUUCCCUUAUCCUAUGGGUUUAAAAUAACUUGAACUUAAUUAGGUGAACACUGUACUGCAAUAUGAAGUUAUUUAUUAAAACUAUUAAAUUAUUUAAUGCGUCUCUAUGGCCUUAGGAAAGUGGCUCAUUAUGACCAAAAUUAACUUCUUUCUUCACAAAUUUGGUUCUCCAUAUGUUAUUCAUCAAAGUCAGAAACCGGUUUAGAUCCUGCUUCACUCAGUUUGCAUUUAUGAAGUAUUUUCGUGAAGACUGCAACCAGACUUCACAGUUUACUGAAUCCCACAGUAAAUCUAAUGAAACCUGAUCUGCAGUACUGUUGCUGAAUAUUUUUCACUUUUGAACAAGUUCUUUAAAGCGGCUAAUUUCCUAUUUUGGCCAUUGUUUUAAAAGUAAACUUCAGUUAAAACUAUUUCUUGGUAGUCCUAAAAUGAUACUUGUCUCCCUUUUUCUGCAGUUUGUCUCUGAUUUGAUUUUCAAGGCACUGUGUUGUAAGUAUCGGUCAGCAGUAACUUAUUACUUUGCUUAUUCUCUUUUGUAUCCUCUACUGCCAUUUGAACUGCUAUGCAGGAAGUAACAUCAGAUUCUCCAUAGCCUCUUAGCACAAAUUUUUGUCUGGAAGUGAUACUAAUGCUACUUUUACUUACUGUUUGCAUUUCCUGCUUAAUUCUGCUAGGCUGUGAUUACUGGAUCUUGAUCUGGAUGCCCGUGUAAUGCUACUCUAAAACUGAACUGGUAGUUUUGUAGUUCCAUGUGAGCUUUUCUUAAGCAUAUAGGAAGAAAAUCAAAUGAAACGCGGCAAAUGUGGGACAUGCAUUCUACAAAAACAUAAGCACAAAACAGCUGAAAAGUGAGAGAUCUGGCUUGUUGCCUUCCAUGUUUGUUUGUCACAAUGCUAAAGAUUUGUAUGACAGUAAAUCUAUGUUUCUUCUGCCUUUGGCUUUAUUUGCCUCUAUUUCUUCUAAUAUGCUUUUAAAUACUUCUUUCUGCUUUCAGUAAGGAGGAAAUCCUCCCCCCACUCUUUAUGUCAGCCUAGAGAAAUCAGUAGUUUAAAGUCAGAGUCUGCUAACGCUGUGUAUUCUUAGCUCUGCGAAGCUGCCUGUCUAGAAAAUUUUAACUUCCAUAGGAUAUAUCUUAAUAUUUAUACUUGCAGCUGUAAAUUAAACAGCUGUAAUACAAGCCUUGUGAGACCUCAUCCAGUUAUGAAUUCAGUGUAUGUAACUAUCACUCCUCACAAAUUUUUAUUCCAGGGCAUGCACAUAGUCAUUUUUUCUGUUGAAAACAAAAGGCUGAAUUUCCCUGUUAGUUACAUGUACCUUGACUGUGUACAGUCAACAGAAGAGGCAACAGAACAAAGAAAGGUGACUGCCUUCCACUGUUUUAAAUCUUUAUCCUGCUAACACCUGCUCACAUACUUAUUCAGAUCUGAAUUGAUUUUAUUUUUUGGUGAGGCUGGGUAGAAGUGUAAGUGUUGGCAGGAUUGGGAUCUUAAGGCAUUAGCAUGGUUUCUUAAUAGCCUUUCAAAUACAGGGUAAGUCAGUAGAACUAACACAUACUGAAUCAACACAGGGUGCUCAACUUGGAAAAGAAUAUGUUACUGAAAUGACAGCUCAGAGGUGAACCAAAUGUACUUGCCUUUAUUGUUAAGGUUGUAUGGCUUCCUUUGCUUUAAUAUAUUUCUGAUGUGUUGGGGUUUUUUUAUAUGUGAUCUUAGUGUACAAUUUACUUUUCCAAAUACAUUCACACCAAAAUGUUUUUAAUGUUCUGGGCCUUGCAAGCUUUCUCAUUCACGUUGGGCUUAAGGUGCUGUUAUGAGUGUGUUCCUGGUAGAACAGGCCUACUGCAAACAGACUUCCAUUAACCACUUGACAUGAACACGGAGGAUAGGAAUGUUUAAUGGAGGCAAUCUUCAAUGCACGGUGUGAACAUGCAUCUCCUGUUUCUUUAAUUGCUGUUUUUAACAGUUGAUGUGAAUCUAAAUGUGUGCUAGAAGGAUUUGCUGCUUAGAACAUGACUGAAUUUUCUUGUUUAAAAUGCCAUUGCUAUGCAAUGAACAGAAUCAAGGAACGACAUCGUUCAACUCUGCCUUGCAGUCAGGUUGGGGGUGUGUUUGUAUUCGUGCGUGUGACUCUUCCACUUCACCGAAAAUGGAAUUGGACAGCCUGAAACCACAGAAACUCCUGAAGGAACUGCUGAGUUAAAUAACACAAGUCCUUUACUUCUGAUUCUUUUUCAUAUACUGGCUUUACAGCAACAUCUGCAACAUAACUAGCAGUGGAGUAUAAUAGAUGACUUGUGAUGAUGUAAGCUGUACGUUUCACAACACCUAAAGCAUUACAUUCAUGCUUCAGGCACUUGCAUGCAGAGCAAGAUUGGCAGUACCUCUAUCUACAGGUAUUUGCAAGUGCAUCUAUGAUAAAGCUAGAUAUGAAAGAUAGCGUUUUGUUUUUUUUUUUUUUUUUUUCAGUUUACAGAAUUCAACACCUGAUUAUGAUCUAAUUUUAACUUGUAAUUAUUUGGAAUGGAUGAGUAAUAAAUCUCAUGGGUGAGUCUUUCCUAAAGCACAUGUGAGUUAAUGUCAACAAGGCUGAGAACUGUCCUUAAAAUGUUUCUCUUCUCAUCACUAGUGAGAUUUUGAUCUAGUGGACAAACUUGGCUUUCAAAGGAUGUCCCUGUUUAAUUCUUCCUAUUUGAGCCAGUAAACUUUCAAUGAACAAAAGCAAACAUUCAUUUCUUAGACCUAUUUUACAAGUGACAAUCCCAAAGAAGGAAUGUUGUCCUAGUAAUUGUGAAACUUUUAAGUAUAUUAAUGCAUGCAGAGAAAACCUUGUGCCAAAAUACUGUUUCAUAUUUCCCUCUGUUGGAAACUGAAGUGUUACACAAAGCUACUAGUAAGUUAUUCACAAGUAUUGAAACGUUUUGUUCACAAAUGAAGCACUUAGUCCUGUAAAUUAUACAUAUUUUGGAAUAAAGUUAACUUGAAUCAA